AUGAAUUCGAAUUCAAAAUCUCUCUCUAAUUCCAUUAAGAAGGAUCUCUACUUACAAGCAUGCAAAUUGAAGAACAAUUCUAUAGAUAGUGAAGCUGAAUCCUAGCUCAAUGAAUUAAUUGACUCUCUCAAAACAUCUGAAGUUAUUCAAUAUGUUGAACAAUAAAGGGAUUAAUUGCAAAAAAUAUUUCAUGCUUGGAGACUUCAAACUGCCAAGACUUAUGAUGUUUAUUAAGUGGCCAAUUUUAUUGAAACUAAGAGAAUUAAAGUCUUAAAAAUGCUUUUUAAUCAUUGGCAUUAAUAUAUUGAGUAGAUUCAGAUAAAAUAAGUUAUGCUUUUUAGAUUCAAAACAAAAAGAGAUAAAAGAGUUAAAAAUAUUUUAAUCAAAGCCUGGAGUUCUGUUGUUUAUUGUAUGUAACAAAAGUAAAUUAAAAAUUAUGAUGCCCAAUAAUUAUACAUCAAAAACACAAAAAAAACAUAUUUUCAUUAAUGGUGCAAGUUUAUAAAAUAAACACAAAAUGAUAUCGUAGCAGAAUAAGAAUUAAUUCAUCGAUAAUAAAUCAAAUUAUACUCCAAAUAUUUUGCCAUUAUGAAAAUCAAAUUGCAUUAAACAGAAAAUUACUUAGAACAAUAUGCUAUAAAUAAAAAAAAACAAAGGCUUUAAAAUAUUUUUUUAUUUUGGUUCAAAUUUGCAUAGUAUAAGAUCAACUAAAAAUUAUAAGUUCAAGGAUUUAUCAAAAAACGAAAUUUAACUAUCUCGUAUGAAAUUCUUAUAUUUCUCAAAAAUUAAACUGAACAACAUAUGAUUAUUAGAAGACAAAAAAAAUUAGCAUAUUAUGGAAGAUGGAAAAUGCUUGUGCAAAAAUCUUUUUAUACUUUAUAAAAAUAUAAGGGAUCACAAUAAAGUAAACGAUAUCUACAAAGAAUUAGAAAAGAUAAUCUAUUGAAAUUAGCAAUAUUUACUCUUAGAGAUACUAAAAAUUUGGUUUAGAAAUAUAAGGAUAUUGAGAAGAGUCUUUCUGAAAAGAAAUUGAAAUAACUCUUCUAUUAUUUAUAAAAUUAUACUUAAAGGCAAAAAUAUAAAAAAUACUCUAUUGAAUUUGCACAAUUAUUUAGAUGUAAAUUAUUAUAGAAAAAGUUAUUUUCAUAAUUAAAGUUAUAUCAUAAUUAUAGGAUUAAAAAAAGAGAUAUGAAUGAAAAAAUGAUGCAACUACAUCUAGUGAAAUUUUGCAAAAAUAUUUUGCAAAAAUGGAAGUUGUAUAAUUAGUAAACUCAUCAAAAAAAACUUAUCAUUUAAUAAAUAGAAUUCAGUAAUUAGUAUAGAAUAAAAAAACAAAUAUUCAAAAUUAUGUCUAAAAAACAAUGA